CAGAAGCAGUAAGGUCAUAAAAUGGUAAACAUUCUUGGCUAUGUUUUUGCUGAUAAAUUGUAUCCACUUUCUGACCACAUCCUUGAGGAUGCCUUCCUUUUUACAUCUUCUGCCAAGAAUACCUGGGGUGAAUUGCAGACACAGACUCCCAGCUAUUGGACUGUGACUUCAUCAUUUGUAUACAAUGUCCAUAAAAACUAUAUACUGUCCACCACUGGAAUGAAAAGGCAAAAUCAAAGCUCUGUGGUUGAAUUCAUCCUCUUGGGCUUUUCCAACUUUCCUGAACUCCAAGAGCAGCUCUUUGGGGUUUUCCUGGCUGUUUACCUGGUGACUCUGAUGGGAAAUGCCAUCAUUAUAGUCAUCAUUGCCUUGGAACAGACGCUCCACGUGCCCAUGUAUCUGUUCCUCCAGAACCUGUCUGUGGUGGACGUGAGUUUCAGCGCAGUCAUUAUGCCUGAAAUGCUGGUGGUCCUCACCAGGGAGAAAACGUCCAUUUCAUUUAUGAGCUGUUUUGCACAGAUGUAUUUCAUCCUUUUCUUUGGUGGCACUGAAUGUUUUCUCCUGGGGAUGAUGGCUUAUGACCGAUUUGCUGCAAUCUGUCACCCUCUGAGCUACCCAAUGAUAAUGAACAAAAGGGUUUUCAUGAAAUUACUUAUAACAUCAUGGACCUUAGGCUUCAUGUUAGGUACUGUGCAAACAUCAUGGGUUUCCAGUUUUCCCUUUUGUGGCCCCAAUGAAAUCAAUCAUAUCUCUUGUGAAACCCCAGCAGUGCUAGAACUUGCAUGUGCAGACACGUUUCUGUUUGAAAUCUAUGCAUUCACUGGCACCAUUUUGAUUAUCAUGGUUCCUUUCGUGUUGAUACUCUUGUCAUACAUUUGGAUUCUCUUUGCCAUCCUGAGGAUGCCAUCAGCUACUGGGAGGCAAAAGGCCUUUUCCACUUGUGCCUCCCAUCUCACGUCUGUGACCCUCUUCUAUGGCACAGCCAGUAUGACUUAUUUACAACCCAAAUCUGGCUACUCCCCUGAAACCAAGAAGCUGAUGUCAUUGUCUUACUCACUUCUUACACCUCUGCUGAAUCCACUGAUCUAUAGCUUCAGAAAUAGUGAGAUGAAAAGAGCUUUGAUAAAACUAUGGCGAAGAAGAGUGGAUUUACACACAUUCUGACUGUGCUGAGAAGCCAUGUGAUAUAUGGUCACUGCCUGACUGAACUUUACUUAAACCUAAUAAA